AAGCAAAACAAACCAAACAAAUAAACAGGAAGUGCUUCAUUCUGGAGUUUAUUUUUUAUUAUUACAUCUCUUGAUUUUAAAUACAUGAAGCUCCUCCAAAAAUGUAUAACGUGACCUGAUAAGUUAUUGUUAUUUACCUGGUUAGUAGGAGAAAAGGUUUUAACCUGGGAAACUUACAUUUACUCACAAGACCUGAUUAAGAUAAACAGCCAUGUCACAGAACUGGCUUCCUGGGAUGGAAACAUCAGCUGUGUCUGUACUCAAGAGAGCUGUAGAGCUUGAUCACAGUUCACGCUUUCAGGAAUCUCUUGUCUGCUACCAGGAAGGCAUUCAGCUACUUAUAGACGUGCUGAAAGCGAUAAAGGAUGAAUCCAAAAAAGUUCACUACAGAGAAAAAAUCAAGGGUUACAUGGAUCGAGCUGAGCAGAUAAAAGUGCACCUAAACAAAGUGAAAGAAGAAGGGAAAUACCAUGAGCAAAUUAAAAUCACUGACAGCGCCACAGGUUUCAGCUAUGAGAGCCUUUUCAAGCCAUACAUUAGAGAAGGACUCACUGAAGUCUGGGUUGAGGACCCUUAUAUCCGCCAUGUGCACCAGCUGUAUAACUUCCUGCGUUUCUGUGAAAUGCUGCUAAAAGCCAAGUGUAACGUAAAGAAGAUUAAUCUCCUGACCUCACAAGAUGAAGAUGGCUCCUCCCAGCAAGAGAGUGCACUAGCAGAAAUAUGCCAGUCUUUGCAGAGUCAAGAUGUUUGUCUGGACAUUAAAUAUUCCUCCACUAUUCAUGACAGGGAGAUCAGAUUCGAUAAUGGUUGGAUUAUCAAGAUUGGCAGAGGACUUGAUUAUUUCAAGAAACCUAAGGGCCGUUUCUUCAUCGGCUACUGUGAUUAUGACUUGAGAGAAUGUCAUGAGACCACAGUGGACGUUUUCCAUACAAAGCACACCAAGAAGACAUGACAAAAAUAUUUGUAUUCGUGUAUUUACUUCAGUGUAUCCUACUAUACACUGCUUGGACUAAUGGGUUUUUUCUGGUUUACUGUUUUUAACUCUGUUAAGGGUUUACUGUUUAUACAUGAAUCUCAGAGCUGAGCACUAAGUGCCUAAUAUAUUAACAUGCAUGUUGCUGAUUGUGCUGUGCAGAAAAAUGCUUAUCUCUAUUUUAAACAGUGUUACUGCUAGUGUACUAGUGUAAAUGCUACAUUGAUUAUCGUGAGAGGGGGACGUAUGUGGUCUUGCUGCAGUCUGGAGUAAAAACGGACUUAAAAAGAGCCCAGAAUGAUGUCUGAUGAUAUGUAAAUAAUAAAUAACCAGACUGGUUAUAGCCUAGAACUAUCUUUCUAUUUAUGUUAAUCAUCAAGAUGUCUGAAAGCACAUGUUGAUUAUCUAUGAUUCCACCUUUUGUUUUGUAAAGCGUGUUUAUAUGACUUUAAAGUGGACUUUUUUAUGAGGUUUGAUGCAAUUUGAUUCCAUUUGUAAUAAAAUACUAAACCAG